CGUGAAACAAAUGACAUAUAAAUGUUUUGAGUUUUUUUCGCAAAUAUGUUUUAUUUUUAUUUUAAGACGUUCGCAGUGAUGUCACAAGAUGGCGACCACCAUGAUCCUGUGUAAUAUUGUGUCUCUACGCAGUUAGUAAACAUGUCUGAUUUAAUUCUAAUCCGUGUACGGGGUGGACGCCGAUAAGAAAUAGCUUUAGUGAAAGACACAAAUAAAAAGGGAAGAUCGGUUUAUUAAGACAGGGGCAGCUGCGUAACCUCAUUUCUGUUUAUUUGUUAUCUACUGAUUUGAAUUGGAAAUCACGUAUUAUUAUUAUUAUUAUUAUUAUUAUUAUUAUUAUUAUUAUUAUUAUUAUUAUUAUUAUCUGAAUGAAAUGGAAAUGGAUUUGCAGAGCGGCGGUGCAGGGCCAGUUUCCGGAGGGAUUUUGGGCAGUGGCAGCAAUGUCCCUGCUUUCCUAACGAAGCUUUGGACUUUGGUGGAAGAUCCAGACACCGAUCCACUGAUCUGCUGGAGUCCGAGUGGUAACAGCUUCCAUGUGUUCGAUCAGGGCCGCUUUGCAAAGGAGGUGCUUCCCAAAUACUUCAAGCAUAACAACAUGGCCAGCUUCGUGCGGCAGCUCAAUAUGUAUGGGUUUCGCAAGGUCGUCCACAUUGAGCAGGGUGGCUUAGUGAAGCCAGAAAAAGAUGAUACGGAAUUCCAGCAUGCGUACUUCAUCCGAGGUCAGGAGCUCCUUCUGGAGAAUAUUAAGAGGAAGGUGACCAAUGUUUCCAAUAUAAAACAUGAAGACAUCAAGAUUCGCCAGGGUGAUGUGAGUAAGUUAUUGACGGAUGUCCACAUCAUGAGGGGGAAGCAGGAAGGCAUGGACUCCAAGCUGAUCUCCAUGAAGCAUGAGAACAAGGCUUUGUGGAGAGAGGUGGCCAGCCUGAGACAGAAGCAUGCUCAGCAGCAGAAAGUCGUCAAUAAGCUUAUUCAGUUCCUUAUCUCACUGGUGCAGUCUAACAGGGUUUUGGGGAUGAAAAGGAAAAUGCCUUUGAUGUUGAACGACAGCAGCUCAGCACAUUCCAUGCCCAAGUACAGUCGGCAGUAUUCACUGGAACCCCUGCAAGGCUCGCCUGCGUUCUCACCUACAUCCCAGUCCUACACGGGAGCAAACCUGUUCUCCUCAGAUUCGUCAGUUAACUGUGGUCCUAUAAUCUCGGAUGUCACAGAUCUUCCACAGCUCAGUCUCUCUGCUUCUCUGAAUGGCCAGACAGAGGAAGACAGCACCAGCCCAGCAGUCCUCAUAAAGGAGGAGCCCCUGAGCCCUGACGUGGAGGUCAUCACUGUGGACGAGGAUGUGGAGACUCCGGUCUCUCCUACCACCUUUAUUGACUCUCUCCUCGAGGACAGUGAGGUCAGUGGUGCCAGUGCUGGCUCCAGCUCAUCUCAGGCACAGGACGGGGAGAGGUGUCUAAGCCUGGCCUGUGUGGACAAGAAUGACCUUUCUGAACAUUUAGAAACCAUUGAUUCCAGUUUGGAAAACCUGCAGACAAUCUUGACUGGGCAGUCCAUCAGCUUUGAUUCCUCUCCUCUUUUUGAUCUCUUUGCCUCAUCCCUCUCAUCUACUGAUUUUAACCUGCCAGAUCUGGACACCAGCCUUGCAAGUAUCCAAGAAUUGCUGACACCGGAUCAGAAGUUCACAGAUACAGCUGCAAACUCCUCUGACACUGGGAAACAGCUGGUUCAGUAUACAGCCCAGCCCUUGUUCCUGCUGGACCCCAGCAGUGCCGAUGAUGGAAGCGCAGACCUGCCUAACCUGUUUGAAUUGGACGAUGAUAACACUUACUUCGGAGCUCGAGACGACUCUGAGGAUCCCACCAUCUCUUUGCUUUCAAACCCCACCUACCAGUCGAAAACCAAGGACCCUUAGCCUGAAAGCUUGCCACUUCUGCAACUCUGCUUCAUUUUUCAGUGUAAAAUGACAAGUCUAGUACAUUUGUGGGUUUAUAUUUGAGAUUUUCUCGUGUGAUCUGAUUCUCUGGAUCGCCUUGAACUCAAGGAUAUGUCCCAGAGACGUGCCAGGAGUCCACCUGUUCUGUCUGAAAAUAACAAGGAUUCCAGACACAAUGCAGGUUCUGCUGGUUAAUCUAAUGUAGCGCUGAGAACUUUGUAUAUCUCAGCUGAAACAUUCGAUUAUUCAGGAGUGUUUCUUACUGGAAUAGUUUCUUCUGAUACAGCACCAAUGUUUUGUAGUUGAUAAUAAACUAAUAUUAACCUACAGAAAGAUAUGUUGGUCAUGGAAAAACAAAACAUUUUGACAGUGGAACGAAACCUGUUAAAUCCUACUUCUAAGUGACAAAUGACAGGGUGUAUGUGUGCGAUUGUACAGCAUGGUCUGCUGUGUGCAUUUCCGUGUGUGUUUUCUCUUUGGUGGGCCAGGGGGGCAAUGGAAGUAGACAAGACUAUUGGUGUCUUCUCUUCUGACUGGCUGAGAGGAAAAGUAAAACCAUACUCGGUGUGCCCAGUGCAAGUCAGACAUGCUUUUCCUGGCUCUAAUCUUCAAUAAAAGACCAUGAGUCAUUUUUAAAUACUGCUUGUACUGAAAGCUGCACACUAUCCCUGGAUCACACUAGCCUACAUGUGUAUAUAUAACAUUUUCUGCAAGCCUGGUCCUUUAGUAAAUCUCUGGCUAUAUAAGUGAAACCUGUUUUUGAACACCGGCAAGUCUUUUUUAUUUAUUUAUUUUUAUUUUUUUUAAGACUGCCAGCUUGUUUUGCCACUCAAAAGCAAGCCUGUGUGUUACACUACAGCCACAAGCAUUUAUAACACCAGAGAGGAAGGCACUUUGUGCUUAAAAACAUCAUUUAAACUUACGGUUGCAUAGAUAGCUUAACAACCACAUUUAAAGAGAAAUGAAAAUGCAAACCAUACUGCGUAAGAAACCUGAAGUAUGAGAGAACAGACAGCCAGGUUUCCCUUUGUUUGGUUGGUUCUGUCCACAGUUAGCCAUGGUCACACACACACACACACACACACACACACACACACAUUUAAAGAGUGACAGUGCUUUUAAAAUGUUAAACACUUUACAAAGAUAGUUUUAGGGGUAAGGUGACUGCUAUUUCAGCAAGCAUAAAGCAAGUUUAUAUAUUUCCCUCAUAUAUAAUCUCUGCAUGCAUGUGAACAGCAGGCAGCUCUGAUACUGUUGUAUUCUUUAAUGCAGGAGGGAAAUCUAAAGUAAAAAAAUCUAUAUCAUUAUAAUAACGGAAAGAAACCGGACUGCAUUUGUGAGCGACUUAUGCUAUUGUGAUGUUAUUUGUAUAUUUACACUUUAAAUUGUUAAUAGUGAAAAUGUAUUUUUGAUUUUUACAUAAGAUUCCACUCAAUAUACUUGGCUUUCUGUGGUUGAAAGUUUUAUUUUUGUAAUAUGUGUUUGAACUUAGUUACUGGUUCUGUGUUCAGAACUUGAGAAAGAAGAGUAAAAGGAAACAUUGCUUGUUUGAAAUAAAUAACCUCAAAGAAAGGCCCAACCUGGUCGCCAAAUAGGCUGGAUCCCGUCCAUUAUUCCACUGGGGUUGACAUGGGUGGGAGAUGCAUCCAAAUGAAACCGUUUAGCCAGGAGGAUAUUUGUGACUGCAUCUUGUUUUCUGGCUGUGAGGUGAAAGUAUAAAGAAGAUUCUAUAAGUAGCACAAUGUUAUGUGUGGCCAUAUUAUUAACACUUUACUGCCAAGGAUUAAUAUGUUCCCAUACCUAUUUUAAUGCAUAUUUUCUCAAAUAUAUUGGGAAGCAAAGGAUUAAGCAUGAAGAUAUAUUUAUCUUGAAAUGUGGUCACCAGAUGCAGUUUACAAGAUGCAUAUAUCUGAACUUCAUAACAGGAAUGCAGCUCUAAACACUAAGUACAUUACAUUGAGGGAACACCUAGUUUCAUUUUGUAUUGCUGGCAGUACAGAGGUGGUGUUCGUUAGAUGCCGCGAGUUCUUGCUACAUGGAACACACUAAUUUAGCAAAUCAUUAACAGAUGUUAAGAGAGUCCAGAGAGAGUUUAUACCAGUAUAGUAGCAUUGGCAUUGAUUUUCAGACCUUACACUAAGCAACUGUUUAUAGUUUAAUAAAAAGAACCCAAUAAAACAUGCA